GUCGAUGUUUGCAUCAUGACAUACGUUCGUAAGUCUUGAAAGCAUACAAAAUUUGUUGAAUUGAAGUUCUGGGCAAAUGGCCACCAAACAAUUGAAUGGUAUCGGUGCCUUGGACGCUCCAAGCGUUGACCCUCUGCAAGGAACGAAGUAUGACUUCCCAAGAGACAGCGUUGGGUUCGGUCGAAAGAGUCUCAAUCCAGAGUGGCCAAACGGAGCCAAGAUUGCAGUGUCCUUCGUCAUCAAUUACGAAGAGGGAGCUGAGAGGACCGUUCUAAAUGGAGACGAGAGAUCAGAAAAUGCCCUUUGGGAGCAAUCUCACGUGCCCUUCAGAAUGGGAGAACGAGCGACAAAUGUGGAAAGCGACUACGACUACGGCUCUCGAGUCGGAGUUUGGAGAUUGCUUGAUAUCUUUGAGAGGCAUAGAAUGCCUGUCACUGCUUAUGCCGUAGGCAUGGCGCUAGAAAAGAAUCCCGAGGUUGCAAAGGCAUUUGUGGAUGGUGGGCAUGAGGUUGCUUCACAUGCUUAUAGAUGGAUCGAUUAUCAUGGUAUGAAGCCUGAUGAAGAGAAGGAGUACAUUAUCCGACAACUCGAGUCGUUGAAGAAAAGUACUGGACAAUAUCCCGUUGGUUGGUAUUAUGGACGACUUUCUCCAUACUCGAAAGGUCUGCUGCAUGAAGUAUUCUCAGAAAUGAAUCUACCGUUGUUGUAUGAAGCAGAUACAUAUGCAGAUGAUAUUCCAUACUGGGUGGAUGUCCCCGUAGAGAAGGAUCACUCUUCGCCGAGAGGAAUGUUAAUGAUGCCGUACACAUAUGACUGUAACGAUCUCCGAUAUGCUGUCCCAGCUGGAGCAUGGGGCUCAAUGGGUGCAUUUGAAGAGUAUCUAAAGAGUGCCUUCGAUGUACUCUAUGCUGAGGGACAACGAGGCUCACCAAAAAUGAUGACGAUUGGUCUUCACUGCAGGAUAAGCGGCAAGCCAGGUCGUUCAACUGCUGUUGAGAAGUUCGUUGAGUAUAUUGCCUCUAAAGAAGAUGUCUGGGUGACAACACGAAAGGAUAUCGCGUUGCAUUUCCGAGAAAAGUUCCCUUAUCAAAAAGGUCAUCUAGCAUGAAACGUAGACAGUGAAUGAAAUAUAAAGACUUGAAU